CGUCGAUGCCCUGCCCGCCAUCAUGUGCCAUGAUAUCAGCAUCAUCACGUGUCAAGCCCAGUCUGCCAUGCACCAACACGGUACCAGAACUACGUGCGCUAACCCGCCGAAGCACCCGAUGGCUUGCGGGACGGACGGAUCCCGAGUCCCUGGACGGCUUUGUCGACGUAAUAAACAGUUAAUACACUGUCGAUCAUACGAUCCGGUAGCAGGCUGCUGGCUAAUCGAUUACCCAAACGAACACACCCGUGCCGCUCUGCCUCUGUUGUGUUCUUCUAAUAUGUAGCCACAGCCUCUCGUCCAGCGUGUGCUGGACUCACCAGCUUCCCCCCUCGCCGUCCACUCGCCAUGAUUCUCUCCUGGAGCGCCAUCGUCCCCCUUCUCCUCCUCGCCGUCCCGGCGCUGGGCCACAAGCAACACACCGACAACGAGCUCGUCGUGCAGGCGCCGUCGGGGACGUAUAUCGGGCUGAUCAACGGCACGACGCCGAACGUGCGGCAGUUCAGAAGCAUCCCAUACGCGGCCGCACCGGUGGGCGAGAGACGCUGGCUGCCACCGACGAAACCUGAAGCCAACAGUAGCACCACGUAUGACGCGACGCAGUUCCCGCUGUCCUGUCCGCAGUUCGUGAGCAGGCCGCCGUCCGUCUUCAACCAGGAUGUGCCGGGCUGGCUGAUCUACACGGACGGCCAGAACAGCACGGCGGGCGAGUCUGCGGGGGAGACGUCGGAGGACUGCCUGCAUCUGGCUGUGUGGACGCCGACUGGACGGCCGGAGAAGCUGCCGGUUGUGAUGUUCAUGACCGGGGGGUCGUUUCUGACGGGAGGGGUCAAUAUCCCGUACCAGCUGCCGCACCACUGGGUCGAGCGGACGGGCGCGCAUAUUGUCGUGACGAUCAAGUGCUAUCGACUGAACAUUUUCGGCUUCCCCAAUGCGGCAGGCCUGGACGACCAGAACCUGGGUAUUCUCGACCAGCGCAUGGCACUGGAGUGGGUUCGCGACAACAUCGAAGCAUUCGGCGGCGACGCAGACAAGAUUACACUCUGGGGCCAAUCCGCCGGCGCCGCAGCAACAGACUACCACAACUUCGCCUACGCAGACGACCCCAUCGUCAAAGGCUACUACGCCUCCUCCGGCAGCGCAUUCCUCAACCUCACCGUGCCCAUCGAGCCGUCCAACUUCACCUUUGUCGCCACACACUUCAACUGCGCCGGCCCUCCCGCCGCCGAGCUCGACUGCCUCCGCAAGAUCCCCUCCGCCGACAUCGAAGCCUUCAUCGGCACAUACCGGGACAACAGCACCCUCGUGGCCCCAACCCAGCCCACCCUCAACUUCUACCCCGUCCAAGACAACAAGAUCAUCUUCGCAGACUACGCCGACCGCUACGCCCGCGCCGCCUUCUCGAAGCUCCCGCUCGUCUACAGCACCACCACAAACGAAGGCGUCGUCACCGGCGGCAUCUUCGGGCCCUUCCCGCCCACAAACCAGACCCUCAACGAGCAGAUCACCCGCGCCCUCUUCAUCUGCCCAGCCGCGCUCAGCACCGUCGCGCGCACCACCACCACCACCACCGGCCCAGACGUCCUGACAUACCGCGUCGAGUUCGCAGGCAACUUCACCGACGUCUCGCCGAAGCCCUACCUCGGCGCAUACCACGACGCCGACCUGGCAAUGCUGUUUGGCACAUAUGUUGAUUUUCCGGGCGCGAGCACGGAGUACGAGGGCGCGGUGGCGGAGAGCAUGCAGGACCAUUUGCUGGCGUUUAUGCGCGAUCCCGUGGACGGGCCGGCGCGGCUGGGAUGGGGCUCGGCGCGGGCGGACCAGCUGCUGCGGUAUGGGCGUGACGGACGCGUGGUGGAGGCAGUUGGGGUUGGCGAUGUGGAUGGUGUGUGUGCGUAGGCGUGGAUGUGUGUGGAUGGCGUGAUGGACAGACGGACGGAUGGACGGAUGGACAGCCAGCAGAUGGAUGGAUGGACAGCCAGCAGAUGGACGGAUGGACGGAUCUGGAAGUACACAUAUCCGUGGGAGAGUGAGUGGGCAUUACUUAGCACCCGCAUUAGCACUUUACCAAGAAUCUAGUAAUAGCAUUCCCAAAGUCUAAUCAGCAGCACGGCACGACCCCUCGGGUUCGCAUGUUCGCAAAGUUCGCAUCG